GUGGCUUCUGCUCUGUUGAGUGAUGUAUGAGCCGUGCCCCUGCCAGCGCCAGUGCCAGUGCAGCGCAUGUGUGGCCUCAGUCUAGCGCAGGGUAUUACAACAUACCCCCUCCACUCACUCCCCCCCAGCCUUCACUCAUCACUGCAGCCCAAGCUCAACCUCAUAUACAUCAUUCCCUUCCCCUUCCCUGGACUUUCCAUUUUCACUCUUCAUUCAUACCACUCGAAACCCAAUCAACCCUUACACUCUCACACACCACACAACCCGCGCAUACACUCCUAGUUCAGCAUUCUUCUUUUGAUACCCCGCUGAGUUUGUGUAUCUUAAUAUCUCCUACUCUUGUGAUACCCCCAGCUAGUUCGAUCGUCUUCAACGCAACCUAGUCGUCGUCCAUCAUGGCUUCAGUAAACCGUCCGACAAACACCGCAGUCAAGGAGAAAGACAUCAACACGAAGCUUCAGCUGUACGGUAUCUUCCAAGCCUUCUCCAACGGAAAGGUACCCUCGAACAAGCAGAUCGAUGUCGCACUCAACAGUUUCCUUGAGUCCAAGGCUCUGUCAUCACCGCCGAACAAGCUCUCGUCCGAGGGUCGCCAGCUCGUUGCGGAUGUGAGAGAGGUCGUCCAACAGGCGAAGAUCCUGCUGUUGAGCAAAAACGAUGGCAACCUUCUCCAGGAGUUCAUCUGGGAUGCCCAACAUCUAGACGCUAAUGGUACUAACCUACCCAAUGCUCCGACCGACAAAGACACUGCCAAACAACACGGCCAACAAGCCCUCGACGGACUCAAGACUCUCGGCAGACUCAUCCUCUCGAACGGGCAAUUCCGCAAGUUGCUGAACGACGCCACUGUUCUCCUCCGUGACAUGGCUGGUGACGCUGCUCAGAGCGCAGCCGAACGUGUCAACCCAUCCGAAGAUCAAUUGAACCAGAUUGAUCACCCUGCGGAGGACAACACCUGGCACGACGCCCCAGACUUGUCCAAGGAUAGACUCAAGAACCAAGCUCGCUCCACAUUUGACAAGAACAAGCCGCUCGACACCGAGGGAGUCAAGCAAGCUGCUCGAGAGGGUGCUGACACUGCCAAGUCGGAGAACACAGAUGACUCUCGGCAGGCUGGUCUGUCAGGAUUGCAAACCACCGCCGCCAACAUCAAGGAUCAAGCAAAAGAGCAGUUCCCUGAUGAGCACAAGGAGAAUGCCAGGAAGACCAAGGAUGCUGCCAAGCAACACACCAAGAACUACCUCAACAACAAGAUCCCUCAGGAGCGUCGUGACCAGACCAUUUGGCGCUUGAAGAAGAUGGUCGCCGAGAUCCAGGGUCACUCGGACUACCAGGAGGCCAUUGAGACCCUCCUUUCCCUCGCCGAGACCUAUGGUGACCAUGCCAAGAAUGUUAAGGACCAGUCCGCCGGGACUGUUAAAGGUGCACAUGGCGAUGAUAGCCUGAGACGCGCCGAAGCUAAUCUGAAGACUCUUAUCGAGCGCUUUGCCAACUUCACCAGCACCGACGACUUCUUCGAUUCUCUGAAUGCCAUCUACCGUGAUGCGGACCGCGACCCAGAACUGAAGGACUGGUUCAAGUCUGUCGACCGAUACAUCCGCAAGUGUCUGCAAGAACAGGGAUACAUCCUGCAGGAUCAAGCCACCGAUGAGUGGAACAGACUCCAGGACCAUGGUCGCUACCUGCUCCGCGACCGUUACCGCAACCACACCGACCGCGUGUUGGAUGAGAUCAAGUUCCUUGCCGAUCAGUUCGACCAGGACCCACAGAACAAGGCUUUUGGUGACGCUGUCCAGAAGCUCUUCAAUGAUCUUGGCAAGGAUGAAAACGGCAAGCCAGUGUUCAAGAAGCAUUUGGUCAAGGACUUGACCGAAGUGAUCAUCCCCGGCAUUUUCGAGAACACUCGCUAUGUCCCCAUCCCUCGUAUCGAGGUCUCGGAUCCGAUGAUCGAUGCGGUGGUCGAGAACUUGGUUAUUGAAACAGAUAACCUGUUCCCCAACAUCUUCGAGUUUGGCAGUGACAACUACUUCCGCAUGGCUCGCAAGGGCAUCUCCAACAAGAAGGACAACAAGAUCACGAUCGCCGGCUCGGGCAUCCAGAUGGAUCUGCGUGAUGUCGCCUACUACGUUAAGAAGAAGCAAGGCUUCCCUUCGAUCACCGACAAGGGCGUCAUGGAUAUCUUCUUGGGCGGUGAAGGGUUCAGCUUUAAGAUUGCGGCUCGCAACGCCCAAAAGACUGAUCGCACCCACUUCGUCGCUGUUGACAAGGUUGAUGUGACCAUCAAGCACUUGAACAUCAAGCUCAAGCAGUCCAACCACAAGCUUUUGUUCAAGAUCGCGAAGCCGUUGCUGUUGAAGGUCAUGCGUCCUGUCAUCCAGAAACUCAUCGAGAAGCAGAUUAAGGACAACUUUGAGAAGGCCGACGCUUUCGCCUACUCUGUCCAGAAGGAAGUUGACCGUGCCAAGGAGGCUGCAAAGGAAGAUCCCGAAAAUGCCGGCAACAUCUUCCAAUCCUAUGUCAACGCGGUUCAGGCCAAGCUUACCGAGAAGAAGGAGAAGACCAAGGAAGUGGCUUCCAAGACCAACGUCAACGUGGCUGUCACCAAGCAGGAUUCCAUCUUCAAGCACAUCUCCUUGCCUGGUGGCAUCUCCACCAAGGCUACCGAGUACAAGGAACUUGCUGCCAAGGGUGAUCGCUGGGAGUCGCCAAUCUUCACCAUCGGAAGUGCCAAGGAGUCUACCGAUAUUCCGAAGCCCAGACAAGUCACCCGCAAGCCGCACAGCACUACUCCUGCUGUCAUCCGAGGCGGAAACCAUCCUAACGCUGAUACCUCCGCCUCCUCGGGCUACGGUUCGUCAGGCUACGGAUCGACCGGCCCUGCUGGCGCUAACAACCCCGGCGCAACAACUGGCUACAACACUUCUGGCGCAACUUCUGGGUACAACAAUCCAGGAGCCACCAGCGGCUUCAGCAACCAAGUUGAUCGAGCCUUCGAUACCCAGAAGCCAGUGGGUGGUCUUUCAGGAACCAACGGAUCCGCGAAUGUUACCAACGGAAGUACCAACAAGACCUUCUAUGACGGUGUUACCCAACACUAGACGGCCUUUAUUGAUCGUUUGAUGAAACCCAUCCCAGACUUCCAGUCCAUCGUCAGAGCUUUUCUUGAUACCCAAUUGGCGGAGUUUCAAUAGGUUGUUUUCCUUGUUUUGGCGAUCAUGCAACCCGUAAUGUGGAGGAUGAGGGGAGCUGCCUGCCUGCCUGUGGUUGAUGCUGUUGAUCACGAAAAGGCUUUUCGUGAUAUUCGUCUGGAGGGACAAGAUCACUCAGCAGAGGCAGGAUGGCAUCUGUUUGUAUUGAGUCACUACUAUCAGCCAGUGUGUAGAGAAUAGCAAAAGCUGAAUUAAAAUCAAACACAGGAGUCUCGUAAAUCGUCCAUCAAGUACUUCCUAUGUCCAAUUAGAAUGCCA